AUGCUUUUCUUGUAUUUUUAUAGCCAGGUGGAUUAUCGAGCAAAACUCUGGGCUUGCAACUUCUGUUAUCAGAGAAAUCAGUUUCCUCCAACCUAUGCUGGCAUAUCUGAAAUGAAUCAGCCAGCUGAACUUUUACCUCAGUUCUCCAGCAUUGAAUAUGUAGUACAGCGUGGUCCUCAGAUGCCUUUGAUAUUUCUGUACGUUGUGGACACCUGCAUGGAAGAUGAAGACUUGCAAGCUCUGAAGGAAUCCAUGCAAAUGUCGCUCAGCCUCCUGCCACCAACUGCGUUAGUUGGUCUCAUUACCUUUGGCCGAAUGGUGCAAGUUCAUGAGCUUGGAUGCGAAGGAAUUUCCAAAAGUUAUGUCUUCAGAGGAACAAAGGACCUAUCUGCAAAACAGCUGCAGGAAAUGCUGGGGCUUACAAAAGUAGCUGUUUCACAAGUUGGUCGGGGUCCUCAAGUGCAGCAGCCACCACCUUCUAACAGAUUUUUGCAGCCAGUGCAGAAAAUUGAUAUGAAUCUUACUGAUCUUUUGGGUGAACUGCAGCGGGAUCCUUGGCCUGUUCCACAGGGAAAACGGCCCUUGCGCUCUUCUGGAGUGGCGCUCUCUAUAGCUGUAGGGCUCCUUGAGUGCACUUUUCCUAACACUGGUGCACGUAUAAUGAUGUUCAUUGGAGGACCAGCGACACAAGGACCUGGCAUGGUUGUAGGGGAUGAAUUGAAGUUACCUAUAAGAUCAUGGCAUGACAUUGAAAAAGACAAUGCUAAAUAUGUUAAAAAGGGUACUAAGCAUUUUGAAGCCCUGGCUAAUCGGGCUGCAGCAAAUGGUCAUGUUGUUGACAUAUAUGCAUGUGCACUGGAUCAGACUGGUCUUCUGGAGAUGAAGUGUUGUCCCAACUACACGGGAGGCUACAUGGUAAUGGGAGACUCUUUCAAUACAUCUUUAUUCAAACAGACCUUUCAGAGAGUGUUCACAAAAGAUAUGCAAGGACAGUUUAAAAUGGGAUUUGGUGGCACAUUAGAAAUAAAGACUUCAAGAGAAGUGAAGAUUUCUGGAGCGAUUGGACCCUGUGUCUCUCUCAACGCCAAAGGACCGUGUGUCUCAGAAAAUGAAAUUGGAACAGGAGGUACUUGUCAGUGGAAGAUUUGUGGACUUAAUCCUACUACAACACUUGCACUGUACUUUGAGGUGGUAAACCAGCACAAUGCUCCCAUUCCUCAAGGAGGACGUGGUGCCAUCCAGUUUGUGACUCAGUACCAGCAUUCCAGUGGACAGAGACGUAUCAGAGUGACCACAGUUGCCAGAAACUGGGCAGAUGCGCAGACGCAGAUCCAGAACAUUGCUGCAUCUUUUGACCAGGAAGCUGCUGCGAUUCUCAUGGCGAGAUUGGCAGUGUACAGGGCAGAGACAGAGGAGGGGCCUGAUGUGCUUCGGUGGCUGGACAGGCAGCUUAUACGGCUGUGUCAGAAAUUUGGAGAAUAUCACAAGGAUGAUCCAGGCUCUUUCAGGUUUUCAGAAACCUUUUCACUUUACCCACAGUUUAUGUUCCACUUGAGAAGAUCUCCUUUCUUACAAGUUUUUAAUAACAGUCCAGAUGAGAGCUCGUACUACCGCCAUCAUUUCAUGCGUCAAGAUCUGACCCAGUCGCUUAUCAUGGUUCAACCGAUUCUCUAUGCCUACUCUUUCAAUGGACCUCCAGAGCCUGUUCUUCUGGAUAGCAGCAGCAUUUUACCAGAUCGCAUUCUCCUUAUGGACACCUUUUUCCAGAUCCUUAUUUAUCAUGGAGAGACCAUAGCUCAGUGGCGUAAAUCAGGUUACCAAGAUAUGCCAGAAUAUGAAAACUUCCAUCACUUGCUACAAGCUCCAAUAGAUGAUGCCCAAGAAAUUCUCCAUUCCAGAUUUCCAAUGCCCAGAUACAUUGAUACAGAGCACGGAGGAAGCCAGGCUCGUUUCCUGCUUUCAAAAGUAAAUCCCUCUCAGACUCAUAACAACAUGUAUGCGUGGGGACAGGAGUCUGGAGCACCCAUUCUUACUGACGAUGUCAGCUUGCAAGUAUUUAUGGAUCAUCUGAAGAAACUUGCUGUCUCCAGCGCUGCCUGAGCUGCUGCAGUGCAGCAAGGGCACAGAUGAGCUGUAGCCUAUUUCGGCUUUUUCUCCUCUACCCUUUUCCGUGUCUCUCGUGACAGAAGAGCACUCUGAUCUGCGCAAGCUGCCUGACUCGAUGUGAAGCAGUGUUGUUUUCAAAGAAAAGCUUUUGUUAUCAGCAAAUGUUUUAAUGUGAACCGCAGUUUGUAAAAAUGACAGGUGGUAGAUUAAGUUAUAAUUAGAGAAAAAAGAGCAGUCACUCUGAUUACUGUGAUACUGUAAUUACCUGGAGAUCAUUUAUAACAACUUCGAGAUGUGAUUUCAGUUUCCUUUUUAAAUGGUUGAGGUUGAUUCUGCUCUGCACUGCAAGGGCACGUUGAGCAAUAAAGGAAAUCUUUGGUGACGUCAGGCUUUCCAGACCUCCGUAUGAACUACUUUUGCCU